ACUACAUCGAAGAGAAUGUUUUUUCAAGUAAUAUAAAUCCAAAACGACAACACACACACACACAGUAAUGGAAAAUCCUUAUGUUAAAACUUUUCAUAAACCAAUUGAACUUUUUAAUUUUGUUCAAAUUGUUGAAUUUCCUAAUCUAUAACAAUGCGAUCAUUUUCUGUCCAUCUUAACUUUAAGGAUGAAGUAGAACAAAUCAGACAAAUCUAUACGAGUUGUCAAGGCAAUGCAAAUGAGGAUUGGCAGGAGGUGGCCUUUAAGGUCCUCAAAAAACUGAGCAGCGAGGUGACUUUUCUUGAGAGUUAUACGCUAACUUUAUUUCACUUUAGCGAAGAAGAUAGAUAGCUUUAAGAUUUAUAAUGACAAUAAACAAAUACUGAUUAAAAAAACUGCUAUGAUUUUUAUCAAUAGACAAAGAAGGAGUCACUUAGAGUGCUAUUUUCUACUGCGAGCAGUGAUAACGAAGUAUUUGGAGAGGUGACAAGAAUUUUCAGGAUAUGGCGAUCGGAAAAUCCCCAAAUGAGCAUAAAUCAGAGGCUAUUUAAGGCAAUAAUGUCAAUUCCAAAAGAAAUGGCAUUAUGCUAUUUGCGUAAAAUUGCCACAAGUAAAGACGUUGGAGUUAUGUGUGCGCUGGUUGAGAAAGAGAAAAAGCGGAGUCUAAUGAAAGAAAUUUUCGUUGAGCGCACUGGGUGCAAAGAUUGGGAGGAAGCUGAGGAGGUGUACGAAGAGUACACGGAACAAAUUGACCAAUUUCUGAAGUUGAACAUCAAUCGAAAAACAGUACCAACGGAGUUCAUAAGAUAUUGCGAUACAGCAAAGGAACGCCGGCCGUUGGAAGGAGUUGAUGUUCAGGUGGACUUCACAGUGCAAGUCAACGAUUCCUACCGAGAUUUAAUGAGUAACUCAAGAAUCCAAUCGAUCAUCGCAUCAACCAAAAGAAAGCUCAGUAUUCAUCUUGAGGCAGCUUUGAAAAAACUAAAAACUGAGGAAUAACUUCUUUCAUGCUAAAAUUCCAUACCUAUAAAUCUAAGAAAUCAUUAACGAUUUAUGUUCAAUUUUGAGAUGAUUCGCAGUAUUUUGUUGUCAUUUUUCAUGCAACUAAAUUUAAAGAUUAAAUUUCUGAUCAAUUUUAAAAUAUAAAUAAUUAGGUAACAUUUUUUAAAUCGAGAUGCAGCAAAACAUUACACUGAAAAAUUUAAUGUUUACACAAGCAUAAAUUAAAAAUUGUCCAUAUUUUCAACUUCAGACAGAUUUGAAAUUUAUUUUUGUGGUUUUAUCAACAUAAACUGUAUACUUCUUUCUUUGGUUUAAAUGUUCAUUGAAGUGAAAUAUCAAAUGAUUCUAACAUUACAUGAUAUAGAUAAUUGACCAUUGUUACCGGAGUGUAAUCAAUCGGAGGCGGUAAUCUGGCCGCUCCGUCCCAGUAUCUGUAUUUUUUAAUUCAAACAUUACAUGUUAUAGAUUUAUUGACCAUUGUAACCAGAGUGUAAUCAAUCGGAGGCGGUAAUCUGGCCGCUCCGUCCCAGUAUCCAUAUUUUUUAAUUCUAACAUUACAUGUUAUAGAUUAUUGACCAUUGUAACCAGAGUGUAAUCAA